AUGUCAGCACCUUAUUAUCAAGGAGCACCACAACAACAACAAGGAUAUCAACCUCAACAACAAUAUCAACCACAAACUUAUCAACAACAACCCCAAGUCCAGCCACAAACUCAACAAUAUCAACCGUAUACCCAAUUUCAACCACAAGCUCAAAAUCAACAACCCCCAAAUCACCCUGAAAAUACACAUGAAAGUUAUCAGGCAGUGUUACCACCUACAGUAACACCCGGAUGGAAUGAUCCACCACCAUUGCCAAAAAUUGGUGGAGGAGCUGCGGAAACACCAAAUCGAUUGGCGAAUAUGAGAAGAAGACCUAUUGAUCCAUCAAUUACUGUGAGUUUUUUUAUGGUAUUGAAAUUUAGUUCUUUGAUUAAGAAAACUAUUUCAACCGUCCUAGAAAUAUUAAUCCUCUCUAAAAAUGUUUUUCACCGAAAAAUCUAUUCCGAAUUCAAUUUUCUUCAAAUUUCGAUUUUUUCAAUGACCUGAAAUUUUUACGUUUCACUUGGUUCUCACAUAUCUUAUGGAUCAAUUCAUCUGAAGAAAAAAUGAAUUUCGCGACAUUUUUUGUCGCGAAAUUGCAAUUCGCGAAACGACACGAAAUUAAUAAAAUGAAAGAGGAAAUCCUUUUUUCGUGUGUUGGGUCUCGCAGCGAUUACGUGUCCCUUUAAUGUUUCUCCUUUAUUUUUGUGUUUAUUUCGUGUCGUUUCACGAAUUGCAAUUUCGCGACAAAAAAUGUCGCGAAAUUCAUUUUUUCGUCAAAUGAAUUGAUCCAUAAUUGAUUGGAUAAAUCACUACGGCAAUUGUUAACAUUUUGUUUGAAAAAAUGUGGUUUUUUUGUGUGCACUUGAAUGUACUCGAAUCAAAAAAUUUCAGAGUUCUGGAGGUUCUCAAGCUUAUGGCGCCAAUCCUUAUCAACAGCAGCAACAACAAGCUUCACCAUAUGGUGCACCUCAACAAUCUCAACAGCCACAAUAUGGUGCUCCACAACAGGGAUCACCUUAUAAUGCUUAUGGCGGAGCUCCUCCACAACAACAACAACAACAAUACGGCCAACAAGCAGGAUAUCCUGGACAACAAUAUUCUAUGUAA